AUGUCCUUCAUUAUCAAUGGUGUUAUGGAAGAGCCGGUCGAAUGGGAAAAUGGUAUGCUGACAAGAAAGGAAGCUUUUUCAGGAGAAUCACUCUCGGCCAGGGGAAGAGGAUCCCCAUCCCAGCCCCUGAGCUAUGACUCAGAUCGAGGUGGACGUCUCCAAGAUUCACCACGCUCGUCCUUGGAUUGCCUAAAUCCAAAAGGAGGGAACUUUGAGUUUGAAGAUUACAUCAGGACGCUCCUUGAGCUGUCAUGGAAACAGGAUAAUACCUUGACAUCACUUCUAUCUUUCUUGUUUCAGCUCUGCUCUGAUUUUCUUCCUUCAUGUCACUAA